UUGCAGCCGUCACGUGGGGCACGCAUAACACGUACGAGCCUUAGGAUUGAGAAAUGAUAUUGAAAAUAUAAGUGUGAGAUCCCGCCGGUGUGUGAGUCAGUAUCACGUCCCUCACAGAGACCUGGACACCGUCCCCUGGGUUGAACGCAUCUCCCCAACAUGACUGACAUGGCUGACAAUCACCAGGAGGCUUGGCAGGCAUUGGUUAAUGCUGCAGAAAAAUACCGCAGACUGACUGGAAAUGAUGUAGUGCUAAUCACUGCCUACAAACCCAAAUUGCUUUCUUCCUUCGACUAUUCUAUACACGGGAGCGGGCUGCUCUUAGAGGCCACGCAACGCUACCUUGAUGACAUUUCUGUAGUGCACAAAACCACUGUCUUUACCAGCCCCAUGCCCAUCUACAAAACCAAUGAGACUUUAUCAGGCAGACAGAACUCCUACUCAAAGAGCUACCCCUCUAUUUAUGGCCAAGAGGGGUUUUCUUCAGUCGAGGACAAUGACAGAACCAAUCCUAUAAUCCAAAACCAAAUGCCAGACAUUCUGUCCAAACUAGAGGCACCAGAUGAAGAGGACUAUGACGACUACAACAAGCAUUUGGAAAAGACUGCUGAACAUAUUCCUAGUGACGCAACCGGGCUAUUUGUGAUGGAUGAAGAUUCAAACAGCCAAGACUGUGAACCUUUUUUUGAAUCUGACCAAGAAGAAAGCACUGAUGAUGGCAGUCUUACCGAUGACUUACCAGGACAUCUCCCACCCCAGCGCAACUAUCAGCAGUAUGCAAAGUCUCUUCCAGUCACUGUGCCUGUCUGGAGCUUCAAGGAGAAGAGGCAGCAAAACAAGUGUUCAAAUGAUGAGACCAGCAAGUUUCCAUCUCCCGACCUGGACAGAAUUGCGGCCAGUAUGCGUGCCCUGACCAUUGACCACUCGCAGCCAUUUGGGGACCUCCCGCGCCCACGACUGAACACUGGGGACUUUCAGACAAAGUACAGAAAAUACUGAAGCGCCUGCAGCCCUGCAACUACACUGGUCCGAACACUAAGAGUCCGACAUUUCCACUACAAAAUUUUCAUUCAGCAAAUGAAGCUACACAUAUCAAACUGCCCACCUACUGUUAGAUGGGCAGCAAGCCCCCCUUUUCCCAUCUCAUUUGAUGACUUCAUUUUCCCCUCCCACUUUUUAAAUGUCAAUCUUUUUUUAAUUGUACCCCAUCUUGUGUCAGUGUGAGGCACCGCGAAACUUGACUUUUAUGGUCUUUCCCAUUUGAUUUGUGUUAAACGAAUGAUUUACCCCUUUGCCCAUUUAUUUUAACUGCUCCCUCAAUAAAAAGAGGAACAUAAAUUUUA